CACACACACACACACACACACUCCAACUGUAGGAUGCAAAUGGCAGCUUUCGAGGAGGACCGCUAGCUGCGCUGUGUGGGCCAGUCACUGAGGAUCUUCGUGGGCUGUUUAUGAUGGACUGAUUGAGCGCAGGGAGCGUGGACUAGCUGAGCUUGAUCCGCGGGAAUCGGGGAGAAGAGGAUCGGGUGGGAUUAGCUGUGGAAAGCGUUGGUGUGAAAUAAAUUUGUUGACCUUAACAGGAAAUCCAUGAUGCCUGAGGUACGGGACCUGUCAGACGCCCUACCAGAAAUGCCUAUGGAUCCCAUCACUGGUGUAGGUGUUGUUGCCUCAAGAAACAGAGCACCCACAGGCUAUGACGUGGUUGCACAAACCACAGAUGGACUGGAUGCUGAUCUGUGGAAAGAUGGUCUUUUCAAAUCAAAGGUGACACGAUACCUCUGCUUUACAAGGGUCUUCUCCAAGGAAAACAGUCAUUUAGGAAACGUUUUGGUAGACAUGAAACUCAUUGAUAUAAAAGACACACUGCCGGUGGGCUUCAUCCCUAUACACGAAACUGUGGAUACACAGGAGCCAGCAUUCAGAAAGAGGAGACUGUGUAUUAAAUUCAUCCCGAGGGACUCCACAGAAGCUGCCAUCUGCGACAUCCGCAUCCUAGGACGUUCUAAACAGGCCCCACCACAGUAUACCUUCAUAGGGGAGCUGAAUAACAUGGGGAUUUGGUACCGAAUGGGGAAGGUGCCUCGAACCCAGGACUCCUCUCCAAUACAGACCAAUUCGUGUUCCACAAGCACUACUACCAGCAAUCAGACAGUGACAACCAACUCCACUCCAGCACCCGUCAUGCCCAAACACAUAUCCAUGACUCUGCCAGCCAGCUUUAGAAAGAGUACAACCAGACCUGACUACGAACACCAAAACUCCAACCUGUAUGCCAUCUCAGCUAUGGAUGGAGUGCCUUUCAUGAUUUCUGAGAAGUUUGCUUGCGCAUCCAGUGAUUUGCAGCAGGUGGACUUGAUGGGCAUCAGAAUCAAAUCCCUUGCUGAGAUUGAAAAAGAGUACGAGUACAGUUUCCGCACAGAGCACAGCGCUGCUGCCCGCCUGCCACCUAGUCCCACCAGGACUACUCUGGGUUCUGAGGCCUAAAAGCACAAGGAGAGUAUGAGGAGCACGAGGAAGACAGUGCCGGUCUUGAGUGAUGGAGACAGAGUGACGGAUACUGCCUUUUGUACAAUGAAUCUAAAACAGUAUCCCCUAACAUUUUAUCCUGUCAGUCUCUCAAACUCUGAAAACCUUCCAAGUUUGAUGUUUGUUUGAGGAAAAAUAUAUCUCUGUGUCUGAGGAUAUCCAGAUUUUGCUGCUGAUCGGAGUGGAGGAGAGUAAGAUACCUUCACCACGGUGAUCUAAUCAGAAUAUUGAACCACUGUUGAAUGAAAAGGGAUGCCACAAGAAGGAACAGCCUGAAGGGGAUUCUCAGAACUUUCCUCAGAGCUCUCGUGUCUCGCCAGGUGCCGUCGCUGGACGUAAACUGUCAGUGUCUCAAUGAAACAGCUAGUUGUGACAAAGCUGUGCCGCUCUGGUUGUUGUUAAUGGCUGAAGUCUUGAGCUUGGACACAGUGUUGCGCUCUGUCUUCUGAGUGACAGAAGUCAGUCUAACUAAUAAAGCAGGUUUAAAUGUAAGUGCAUGGAACAGAGGGAGUAUUGAAUUGCCUGUUGUUGUUUUUCUUUUUCUUUUUUUUCUUUUUUUCUUUCGGUUUGUUCAUUAUUUUUAUUUUAAAUUUUGUGUUUGUUUUGUGUCACUGUAAACUGCAUGACUCCUCAGAUCAUCAGCUCAUUUGAUCUGCGUUCUGUUUGCCAUUGAAAACAGAACUCAGUUCACUGUACUGUAAGAUGGGCUGAAUUAUUUUUAAAUAGUAUUUGUUAAAAAAAAAAAAAACAACAACAAAAAACGAGCAAAAAAAUUCCCCUCCUGACUCCACCCUGAAAAAUAAUACUGUAAAUAGGUUAUAAAUCAGGAAUGAAUUGUAGUUUUGGGAUCUUCUGUUACUGUGUUUCAUCUCGUGUCUUUUGUGUAGUGAUUCUUUUUUUUGGCGUACUGUUUCAUACUGUGGGUUUUAAUGUGACUUUGUUUUUAAUCACUCCACUAAUGUUCUGUCUAGUUGGUGUAAUAGAACCACUGAGUUAUCACUAUUAUUUUAGGUAAGUUUUACAUGCCUUGUAUUGUACUCUCUGGCGUAGGCAGUCUAUGAGCUGGCCAGAUUGCUAGAAAAUGCACAAGUACUGUUUCUUUCUUUCUUUCUUUAUUUUGGUCCAGCUGUGGCUUCUGCGUUUCUUAGCAUCAUGUUACUUUCUUAGUCAUCUAGCAUUCGAGCCAGGUUUUGGAAACACACUCGGUAGAAAUGUGUAUUAUUUUUCCCCUCAAAGUGUGUUCCCUAUGGCGAGUCAUUUUAGCCUAAAAUGAUGUAACUCAGUUGUAACAUGUCUUAACUCAGUUUUUAUAAUAUGACAUUUGACAUAUCACCUAAAUUAACUGAUUUAGGACUUGAAUAAAAAUAAUGAAUUAUGUCAUUUAGGCUAAAAUGCAUUACCGUAGUUUGCCUAAAUUUUGAUAUUUGUCUUUGGUGUUGGAAAACAGUAGUUUGUCAGACACAAACUAUGAAAGCAUACUUCACAUAGCUGCUAUAAUCGUGUAUGCUCCACGUGAGACAUCUUAGGAAUUGAAACAUUUCUUUUUAUUCUCCUGCGUAUAUAAGUGUAUAGGAAUUGAAAUGCACAUAUUAUACAUGUUACUUUGGAGAAUAUAGUUGCGCAGUUUUAUGUCAUGUUACUGUUCUAUUCUGUAUCUGUCUCUCUCGAAAGUGCCCUCUUCACACUCCAACUCAGGUGAAAGUGUUGAGUUCGGAAACACCAAGUGCUGAACUGGCUUCCCAAUGCUUUAAUCUGGCGGCUGUAGGCUCUAACUAGCACCUUCACUGUGAGACAUUAAUCAUUAUUAUUACAUCGAUUAGUUUUUCGAAUAUAGAUCAGGCCUAAGCUCUAGUAGAUAUCUCAGAACUUUUCUAAAGGAGGAUCCCCAUGAUUAUAGGAUUACGCUCUUUAAAUAGUGGCUUAAUUUAUUCAUUUUUGUGGGGAAUCUUCCUGUAUUUUAAAAUAUUAAGAGUCACUUUUGUUUUAGACACUAAAAACCAAUGGUGCGGAGCAAAUCUUUUAAAAAACAUUUUCUAGAUUUGCGUAACGCUGACUGGAUUUUUAUUUUACAUUGUUUUGAACAUAGCUUUUCAAAUUUUAUGAUAUAAUUAUACUAUAACCAGAUGCAAGCAUAGAUCAAUCUUCAAAUAUUUUCAUUUUUCCAUGCAAAAUAUCAAAGCAUUUCCGUUACUAAAAUGCCUGACUUUGAAGAUGAAUAACUCAUCCUUUCUUCAGUCUAGACUCGACCCCAGCAACCAUUUUACAGUAUUAGCUUCUUCUCUUCUCAGAAAGUUCAUUGGAAUUCAAUGCCACUGUCUAAGAUAUUAUUAAAGGUGUUUUAAGAUUUUUUUUUGGUUUGUUGGUUUCAGUUUAAUUUAAUGAGUGUCGUUAAUCAGCAUGUAUCAGCAUAGUUCACCAAGGCCUUCCUGAAUAAGCUUCAGUAAUCCGAAACCCUACUCACUCAAAUUUUUGUGAAAAUGCUCCUGAAUUUGGAUUUGAUGCAAAUAUUUCUCCUUCAGAUUAUUUUGUUUUUGCUGUAUUAUUAAUCAUUUUAUAUGAAUUGAAAUGACAAAUUUUUUGUUUUCUCUUAUAUGUUGCAGUCAACUUGCGUCCAGUUUAUUUAUUGUUUGUAUUAUUCAACACAUUUAACAGUUACAGUUCAACUUAGUUUUUAUAAUCCUACAUUAGUCGUAACCUUAGCUCAGUCUAAAAGCUAAUCCUGGACCUGGAUUGUUCUGUGGUCCAAAUUUUAACCCUGAUUUAUAACCCAGAUGCUCUUUAACACGUUAAACGCGCAGGCUACAUUCCGAUAUUCUCACCUCUGAACAGCAAAAGAGCUAUUGCUACACUAACCAAGUAAUGCUAAUGCUGCUCCAGCAGUGCUAGCUGGGAGUAAGCAGCAUACAGAGGGAUAAUAUUCACAUUAGAACGGCAAAAGAGCUAGCGGCUAAUGCUAAUACUGCUCCAUCCUUGGUGCUGGAGAAACUUUUCUUAAACCCCUUUAUAAUGCUGCACUUCAGAGGAUUGACUUUACUGCUUCUUACAACCUGACUGGUAAAAUUCAUACAAAAGGAGCACCGGAUUAUAAGACACACAGACUAUUUUGGGGAAAACUAAAGAACUUUAAGGGCGUCUUAUAAUUCGGAAAAUACAGUAUAUUCUUUAAUACUCUUUUACAUACGGAAAUAAAUGUCAGUUUAAAAUGAUAACAUCACUGCCCACAUACCUUCAUUUGCUUUUGAUUUUGACAAGGAUGUUGAUGUUCACAUCAUCUUAAGCGAAAAGUCGCAAGAGCUUGUGAUAUACACUUUUAUAUAUUUUGAAAAAAUAUGUAGUAUGUGGGCAGUUACAGUUAAAACAUUUGAAAUAAACAUUCAUUUUUGUAUGUAUUAAUCAAAUGUAGCAUAAAUGAGCCUUAAAUCUCAAUCAGCAAAAAUUUAAUGUCCUUUUGCAAAACUUGCAUCAAACUGAAUCAUGUUUAAUAUAAACAAAGAAUGUGAUAAAUGAAGUCAUACACAGGGUUUAAGUUUCGGAUACAUUAAAUAGGUGUUAAAAAGAGCAAACCAAAAGGGCUUAACAGAUAUUUUUGGCAUCAAAAGUUUCACAUGCUCCUUCUUUAUUAAAUCCUAAUCCUAUUUUAUUGCUUUAAUUCAUUAUUUAAUUACUAAUUUAAAAGGUUAGGAUUGUAGCUGUAUGUUUAUCCCUUUUUUUUUCUUUUUUUAAGAGUGUCCUCAUUGGGAUUAGUUUAGUGAGUGAUUCAGUUUUACCAAGCAGUAAACAAAUGAAGAGAAAUUAUGUAUUUGGGGAGCACACUUCCAAAGUGAAUCCAUUAAAACAACCACUAUGUUAUACUUGUUUUUUUUUUCUGAUGUUUUAAGUGCAUUUGUUUUGCCUCCCUGAAGCUGUUGUGUUCAUGUCGACUUCAGUGUGCAGCGACCCGGGCAGUCUGGAUUCUUUUUGCUCUGUCAUCAAAUGUUUUUCUUACAUGUAUAAAUGUGAAUAUAAGUA